AUGACCGACAACCACCAGUCGUUGCAACAUGACCUCUCGAAAUAUCCCAAACUUUCAAAGUCCCAAGUCGGGCAUAUCCGUCAUAUUUUCAAUCUGGCCUUCCAGCCUGACGGAUCUUGGAAUCAUAUGGGUGCUUUGGAACCGAUGCAGGAGUUCAAUGAUGCGUACCGCUACCAGCUAGCCAUAAUGGCGUACGCUGUGGGCGCGACACAUUACCAUCGCAUGCCUGCCUUACGCAGUGUAUUCAAACCCCUCCUACGGCKGCUCAUCCAUAAGAUGCUUCGGCGUGAGGUUUGGGGGUACUGGUUCUUGACUAGCCAUUCAGGGCGCCUUACUGAUCCGGAUCUCCGUGAGUUGCGAAAGCCAUGGGCUGAUCCGGUGAUCAGAGAGAAUAUAAUGUAUAGUGGUCAUUUACUCUUGAUGACGAGUUUAUACGCGAUGCUUUUUGAUGAUGAUGAGUUUGAAAGGCCAAACUCGAUUGUCUUCAAGUGGGAGCCGCUAUUCUGGGGGCUAGGUCCAGAGACAUUUUCCUACGAUACUCGCAGCUUACAGAAGGUGAUUUUGGAUGAGAUGAGGAGGAAUAAUUGGGUUGGUGUUUGCUGUGAGCCCAAUGCUGUAUUUGUCGUCUGCAAUCAGUUUCCGAUCAUCGCGGUGCGGUACAAUGAUGUUCGUAACCGGACAUCUAUAGUGGAGGAGGUCCUUCAGAACUACCAAGCCGCAUGGGAGGACAAAAAGAUGCUUUCACUGGAUGGUCUAUUUGUGGACUGGCUUCUCGUUAAACAGAAUUCUACUGUGCCUUCAGACAGAACGUACGGUGCUAUGCCUCCAAGGGACCUCGGUCUCACAGCUUGGGCUGCAGCCUACAUGAACGCCUGGAACUCCGACUUUGUGAAAGCCCAAUUUGACACCCAAGCCAUGGGCUACAUCACUAACAUUGAUGGCGAGAUCCGUCUACGGACCCCAGCGAUUGCCACCGCGUUCCGCGCGCUUGUGCGAGAUCACGGCUACAACACCAAAUGCCUAAAAACGUUGCAAAAGGCUAUUGAUGAUGCUAAAUUGCUACCCCCUUCGCUUAUUCCUUAUACUCCGCCUACAUUCGGUUGCGUCGCGCAAUGGCUCUCGGAGCUUGGGAAGAUGGCCGAGUUAGAAGGUAUCCUUGACUACGCCGAUAAAUACCUGAGACCCACAUGGGAGAAAGGAGGGCUUUUCUAUCCUCGACAGGAUAUGCAAGACCCGGUGGGGUCUGAUUGGACGCACAUGGACCCUUUCACUGGUAAUGCUGCGAUUGCAUACGCCAGGUUAAAUGUCACGGAUGGGCAGAAGAUUAUGUGGGAACAGCCUUGGACGCGGACUAUCUUAACCUCAAGGCCCUAA